AUGACAUUUUCAGCUCUUGUGCUAGACAUCGAAGGGACCGUGUGUCCUAUUUCAUUCGUCAAAGAAACUUUAUUUCCUUACUUCCUUCAAAAAGUGGAUUCUCUGCCGCGUUCUGAAGAUACUCACAUUCAGUCACUAUUGCAACAAUUCAAGACUGACGAUGUUGUAGAUCAGAUUCGCAGCUUGGUGUCUCGAGACGUGAAAGACCCGAUUUUGAAAGAAUUACAAGGACUAGUUUGGCAGCACGGAUAUGCUAGUGGUGAAAUCACCGCACCCGUUUACGCCGAUGCCGUCGAUUUUAUCGAGAAAACGGACAAACCAGUUUACAUUUAUUCCAGCGGGUCUGUUAAGGCUCAAAAACUGCUCUUCCAGUACGUCAAAAGCCAACAAGAAACCAUUGAUCUACGACCCAGAAUUCAGAACUACUACGAUAUCAACACUUCCGGAAUCAAAACCGAUGCCGAAUCUUACGUCAGAAUUGCGAAGGAUAUCGGGCUUCCAGCUGGCGACAUACUGUUUUUGAGUGACAAUUCUUUGGAACUAAAGGCUGCUCAACAUGCAGGAUUCCAAGUGAGAUUGGCCAUCAGACCUGGUAAUUUGCCGGUAGACGACCAAAGCAGAUACAGUAUUAUUACAGAUUUUAGCGUACUGUGA